GUUUAUAUUAAAAAGUCUAUUGCUACUUGAAUUAUCCUGGUCCGGGCAACGUUUUUUAAUUCCUCCCCUUAAAAAAACACCAACACGACGCAACGCCAGAAAAUAUACUGCAGAAGGGGGGAAGGGAGAAUCGUUAGAGGUCAGCCAGCAAUUCGCGAUCGUCGCUAGGUGGUGAUUGGUUAGGUGGUUCAGGGUACACCCCCUGUUUUGUUAUGUCUUUUGUGGGCAACGCUUUUACGAACUACGAUCGAACGGCGCAAACAUCAGGAGCGCCCCCAAUGGCGUAUUCGCAUACCGAGGAAGCUGGGGAGGAGAAAGGGACGACAGCUGCAUCUCACAUCUCACACAACGAGGUGGAGAAGGAUGACACCGUCGGCUCUAGCAAUGCCACUCAGGUAGAGGAUGAUUCCGAGCUGGAACGACGCGAGUCCAUCGUGCAUGAACUGGCUCGCAGGUACACCACCCAGUCCAAUGCGACUGGAGUCACCGGACGGAACCCGUACUUGGACGACGGGGAAAACUCCCCGCUCAACCCUCACUCGCCUAACUUCAACCCGCGCGCCUGGGCUAAGGCCGUCGUCAAUGUGGCCGAUCGCGAAGGCCAGCAUUUCCGAACCGCCGGGGUUUGCUUCCAGAACCUCAACGUCCAUGGCUUCGGAGCUGCCACCGAUUACCAGAAGGAUGUCGCCAAUAUCUGGCUGGAGACGGCUGGGCUCGUCCGCAAGGCCAUGGGAAAGGGCCAGACUAAGAUUGACAUUCUUCAGAAUUUUGACGGUGUAGUUCAAAAGGGUGAGAUGAUGGUCGUGCUAGGUCCUCCGGGGUCCGGCUGCUCGACAUUCUUGAAGACGAUUGCAGGUGAGACGAAUGGUAUUUAUGUCGAGAAUGGUUCUUAUUUCAACUACCAAGGUCUAACUGCCGAGGAGAUGCAUAGUCAUCACCGUGGAGAGGCCAUCUACACGGCCGAAGUCGAUGUCCACUUCCCCAUGUUAACGGUUGGGGAUACGUUGACGUUUGCCGCCCAAGCCAGGGCUCCGCGUCACCUUCCUCCUGGCGUCGACAAGAAGACCUAUGCUACCCAUCUCAGAGACGUCACCAUGGCCAUGUUUGGUAUCUCCCAUACAGUGAACACGCGCGUCGGCAACGAAUACGUGCGUGGUGUGUCCGGAGGUGAACGAAAACGUGUAACCAUCUCCGAGGCCGCCUUGAGCCGUGCUCCUCUCCAGUGUUGGGACAACAGUACCAGGGGUUUGGAUAGCGCCAACGCCGUGGAGUUCUGUAGGACGCUUCGUACUCAGACGGAACUUUUCGGGACCACCGCGUGUGUCUCGAUUUACCAAGCGCCACAGACGGCCUACGACUUCUUCGACAAGGCCCUCGUCUUAUAUGAGGGUCGCCAGAUCUUCUUUGGCCGAGCUAACGAAGCAAAGCAAUAUUUCAUAAACCUAGGAUUCGAGUGCCCCGCUCGCCAAACCACCCCUGAUUUCUUGACUUCGAUGACGAGCCCGAUUGAACGCGUCGUCCGGCCCGGUUUUGAAGGCAGGGUCCCGCGAACCCCCGACGAAUUUGCGUCCGCCUGGAAGAACAGCGCCGAGUACGUCGCGCUCCAGGCCGAAAUUGAACAGUAUAAGACGGAGCAUCCGCUCAACGGCCCGGACGCCGAAGUAUUUCGUGCUUCGAGAAGGGCACAGCAGGCUGGAUCGCAACGGCCACAAUCGCCCUACACCUUAUCUUACUUUCAACAAAUUCAACUGUGUCUCUGGCGGGGCUGGCAACGACUGAUAGGAGAUCCGAGCUUGACGCUUGGUUCGUUAGCAGGAAAUUUCGUUAUGUCUCUGAUCAUCGGAAGUGUGUUCUACAACCUCCAAAACUAUUCCUCGAGCUUCUAUCAACGGGGCGCCUUGUUGUUCUUCGCCUGUCUAUCGAAUGCCUUCUCCAGUGCCUUGGAAAUUCUCACGCUCUACUCGCAACGACCGAUUGUCGAAAAGCAUAGUCGAUAUGCCCUCUAUCAUCCAUCGGCUGAGGCCGUCGCCUCCAUGCUCGUAGACAUGCCGUACAAGAUCGCCAACUCUAUCAUAUUCAACCUCAGUCUCUACUUCAUGACGAAUUUACGACGUGAACCCGGGGCUUUCUUCUUCUUUUUACUCAUCACGUUCGUCACGGUCAUGGUAAUGAGUAUGAUUUUCCGAACCAUCGCAUCUGCUUCUCGUACCCUCUCGCAAGCUAUGGUGCCGGCUGCCCUUUUGAUUCUCGACCUAGUUAUCUUCACCGGCUUCGUCAUUCCUAUCGACUAUAUGCUGGGCUGGUGCCGCUGGUUGAACUAUCUGGAUCCUCUCGCCUACGCAUUCGAAUCACUCAUGGUGAAUGAAUUCCACAACCGUGAGUUUGAGUGUGAUUCAUUCGUACCCAGUCCUGCGGUUCCCGGAUACGGGGAUGUCGGCCCCAUGAACCAUGCCUGCAGUCCUGCUGGAAGUGUGGCUGGAAGUUCCACCGUGAACGGCGAUGCGUAUAUCAAUAGCGCAUUCAGGUAUUAUAAUUCACAUCGGUGGCGAAACUUUGGUAUCUUGAUUGCGUUCAUGAUCGGCUUCCUGAUCACUUAUAUGAUCGCUGCGGAGCUCGUGUCCGAAAAGAAGUCGAAGGGAGAGGUACUGGUCUUCCGACGUGGUCACAAACCCGCCCAAUUCAAGGAGAAGAAAGGUGACGUCGAAGAAGGCGAAGGUCCGCGUGUUGGUCCUACUGUAACCAAUGCUAGUCGCGUCAAUGGUGACGGCAAGGAAGCCGGCGCUAUUCUGGAGCAGUCCAGUGUUUUCCAUUGGAAGGAUGUGUGUUACGACAUCAAGAUCAAGGGCGAGCCUCGACGUAUCCUCGAUCAUGUGGACGGCUGGGUAAAGCCUGGGACUUUGACAGCUCUAAUGGGUGUUUCCGGUGCUGGUAAGACGACUCUUCUGGACACGCUCGCUGACCGAAUCACCAUGGGCGUCAUUACCGGUGAGAUGCUUGUCGACGGCCAUCUCCGUGACAACUCCUUCCAGCGGAAGACGGGCUAUGUUCAACAGCAAGAUCUCCAUCUCUCGACCACCACCGUCCGCGAGGCUCUGAACUUCUCCGCUCUUCUCCGCCAGCCUGCCGACGUCCCUCGUGCCGAGAAGCUCGCCUAUGUCGACGAGGUGAUAAAGCUAUUGGAUAUGGAAGAGUACGCGGACGCAGUCGUCGGUGUUCUCGGUGAAGGCCUUAAUGUCGAACAGCGUAAACGUCUCACUAUUGGAGUUGAGCUUGCGGCGAAGCCUCCUCUACUACUCUUUGUCGACGAGCCUACUUCCGGUCUUGACUCUCAGACUUCCUGGGCCAUUCUGGAUCUCCUCGAGAAGCUCACGAAGAGCGGACAGGCCAUUCUUUGCACCAUCCACCAGCCCUCGGCCAUGUUGUUCCAGCGAUUUGAUCGCCUGCUUUUCCUCGCCAAAGGUGGCAGGACUGUCUACUUCGGCGAUAUCGGGGAGAACUCUAAGACGUUAACUAGCUAUUUCGAACGACAUGGUGCCCCUCCCUGCCCUCCCGAAGCCAACCCCGCGGAAUGGAUGCUGGAUGCUAUCGGGGCCGCGCCCGGUAGUGUGUCCGAUAUCGAUUGGUUCCAGACCUGGCGUGACAGCACCGAAUACGCCGAGGUGCAGGCCGAGCUACAGGCGUUGAAGGACGGCGCAUCGAGCCAUCCUCCUGCCGAGCACGAUCAGUCCUACCGUGAGCACGCCGCCGGCUUUUGGACCCAGCUCUGGGCUGUUACGUACCGUGUGUUCCAGCAGUACUGGCGAACGCCGUCGUACAUCUACUCCAAGGCUACUCUGUGUAUUUUGAUCGCUCUUUUCAUCGGCUUCGUCUUCUUCAGGGCCCCGAACACGAUCCAAGGUCUUCAGAACCAAAUGUUCGCCAUCUUCAACCUCUUGACUGUUUUCGGUCAGCUUGUUCAGCAGACGAUGCCUCAUUUUGUCAUCCAGCGGUCGUUAUACGAAGUCCGCGAGCGUCCCUCUAAAGUGUACGGCUGGAAGGUCUUCAUGUUGUCGCAGAUCAUCGUUGAGUUGCCUUGGAACACUCUCAUGGCCGUGUUCAUGUUCUUCUGCUGGUAUUACCCUGUCGGUCUCUACAACAACGCCACGGAGCUAGGUCAAACUACAGAGCGUGGUGCUCUUAUGUUCCUGCUCUUCUGGGCCUUUAUGCUGUUCACGUCGACAUUCACCGACAUGAUCAUCGCAGGUUUCGAGACCGCUGAGGGUGGUGGUAAUGUUGCCAACUUGCUCUUCAUGCUUUGCCUGAUCUUCUGCGGUGUCCUCGCCAGCCCAAGCACCUUCCCAAGAUUCUGGAUCUUCAUGUAUCGUGUCAGUCCGUUCACGUAUCUGGUGUCAGCUAUGUUAUCGGUGGCGCUCGCCAACACUCACGUGCAAUGCGCCGCCAACGAAUACGUGCACUUCGACCCCCCUGAGGGCAUGACCUGCUUCCAAUACCUCGACGUCUACAGGAACGCCACAGGCGGUUAUAUCGAAGCCGGCACUGAGAACCGCACUAGCGAUUGCAGUUACUGCACCGUUUACGAGACGAACACGUAUCUGGCCCAGGCCAACUCCUAUUACAGUGAACGAUGGCGCAACUUCGGUAUCUUCUGGGCCUACAUUGUAUUCAAUGUCUUCGGUGCCCUGCUCUUUUACUGGCUCGCUCGUGUUCCCAAGGGCAAGAAGAAGGAAGAGAAGUCUAAGAAAGAGUAAAAGCGAGAAAGGCGGUCAUGGUCUGUUGAGACCUCGCUGCAUAUUUCUCUUCACGAGUCCAUUUUGAUAUUCACAUUUACAUUCAUAUCCUGAUAGCUUUUCCUAAUUUAUACCGGUUAUAUCCGAUAUCACGACCCCUAUAUGUUGCGGCGGACGUUUCCCAUUUUAUUACAUCAUGUAAAAUUGCAUUGUACUGGGCGUUUUUUUUCUUUCUUUUUCUAGGAUGGCUAGACUAGAUCGACCGACAGUCGCUAUGAUUUUGUGGACAGGUCACAACGUGGUUGGGUAGUAUAUAGAUAGGAUAUUAGUCAAUAGAGGAACAGGCUCGGUAAAUUUGGUAUG